AUGAGGGUUACUGGGAAAUGUUUUGUGGGGGUGCCUGUUCCAAGGGGUUGUGGGUUGCUUCCAAGCCGAUACGGGGGCUCUUUCUCUGUGGCUUUACGCCGGAAAGUCGCAUUUAGCGUGUUUGACAGGCAUGGCGAUCGCAAAGACGUGCUGCGGACCACGUCUCUUCGCUUAGCGUGCCUCGCUGUGCACACUCUCCCCCACGGGGUGCCAGCGGACAGGGCGGUCCGUUCAAGAGUGCCCAAAACCCCUUGUGGUGAUGCGGAGGAGCGGACUGAUCCCGUAUUCCCCUUUGUGGCACACAACCGCGUAGUUCCUCUGACGGAGCUAGCCAAGCUCCUCCCAGAUGAGGUGAUUGAGAGCCUUCCAAAUGGUCUCAAGAGUCACUUGCAAGGGUUUCCGUCGCGGUAUCGGCUCUCCUGCGGUGGUAACGGAAUUUUAUACGUUGAAUUAAUCCAAGAAGUAGGUGGUGAGGUAAGCGGAGGGACAUCGUUUCGUCUCUUUCUUCCCUUAGAAGACAUAAUACAGAGUAGAACCGGAGCUGCAACAUUUAGCGGACAUUGUGCUGAAGGGGGAGGGCGGGCCAACAGCAAUGAGAGCAGAUCUAUCGAGAGCAUGGAACGAGUCUUGCAGGAGUGGCUCAAGCCAAAUUCUGGAAUACAGUUGUGGAUGCUUGUAGCGGAAUACACAGCACAUAAACUAACUGAAAACACAACUUCCUGGAGUGGUGAGAUGGUGGCUGGUGUUGAGCGGGCAACGGUGGAUUGCAGUGAGGGGCAGCGACUUCAUGCCUUUCGCUGGGCAGAGUUGAAUGGCGAAACGGCAAAGGUCGCCCUUGAAGCGAUACGCCCCGAAUGUUGUGACGCCUCGCAACCCUCAGACUCUUCGCCGGAUACACGGGUGAAAACUACAUUGUUUCUAUGUUUUACCUCCGCCGCUGCCUACAGCCGCAUCGUGCUCCGUGCCAUCCCAAACCCAGAAAAUAAAUUGGUGGAGGAUUAUAACCUCUACCGCCUGUGCCGCGUUCUACACACGGAAGCGUUUACAAAGCUGCCCGAGCUGGAUGAGAUAGCUGGGAAGUGGUUGACACAGCCACUGGCAGUUGUUCUCGCUAUUGGUGGGGAAGAAAGCAAAGCAGGAAAAGUUGGGAAUGCCGAAACAGCACAAUCUAUUCUCGACUUUGAGUACGACCCUAUUGAUUCAUCCCGGAUCGUCGGAGUGCGUUUCUGGCUCGAUAAGGCCCGCUGCUUACCUGCCCUCUACCAAGAGAAAACAUGCGAAGAGCUGAAAAAGGAACUGGAGGAGACGAACGAAUGGGUACCGAAGAGCUUGCAAAAGCUUCCAAAUCACAAACGAGUUCGCCUCAUAGACAGGAAACGUCUGUUGCUGCGUUGCAUAGCUCUGCACGAACUGGGGCCUUCCCCUUUUUGCCAUCCUGACGUCCUUGCGUACUACGUGUUCGAUCUUCUCCCCAUAGACGGUACCCUUAUUGUAACAGGUCACCUACCACAGCUCCUCCCGGAAAACAUACGCCGCAUAACCGACGCACGCUCUCGCACGUGGAUCAGGAAAUACCCACAUUUGUUCCGUCUGGUGGAAUGCCCCCCGGAAUUGUGUGUCCAACGCAUGGCCCCAGUCGCGCCAGAAGGGGACGAAUCAAGCGAGUGCGAGCAGAACAUAAACAUCACCAGCCAUAUCCCCGUUUCUGGCCAAGCGUCUGAGCACCACAAGCGACUCUUGACGGACCCAGAAGAGCAACUCCGAUUCAUGGUGUCUCUUGUAGCAGCGCGGUUGGCGGUUUGUAGAUCCCGAAACCUGCUUCCUUCGCACCUGCCAAAAUUUAUCAGCAGCGAGCUACGGCGUGCAAUUUUACGGCGAGGUUCUGGAGGUAUUUUGGGGUAUUUGCAGCAGCACCCGGAGGUUUUUAUCCUCAAGCAUGGUAUUCAUCCGCAUGAGCCCGUUGUCUCCCUCACUCCUGAGUUUCAUCCCAAUCUGGAGGGGGCGAACGCAGGCGGGGACGAUCCAGCAGCCAACACAGACAGUGAAGAAAACUAG